ACUGCGGUAUCGCACGCAUGCAGUGUCCACUGAACCACGGUCAUUUUCACGCAUUAUUAAGAUGCUAGAGUACACUGAGUGGGAAUAACAGACAACAGCGCCCCCUGGCCGUGGACCCUAAGUCCUGCAUCACGCGGGGAAUAAAAGCUCCAUCAUCCUCCCUGCGAUCCGAGCAUCGUCUGGGUGGCGCUACAGGGCAUCCACCCAACCCCUCGACACUCAUGACUACCGACUAGAGUCGCUCAUUAACGGACAAACAGAGGGAUAUCAGCACAGUGUUAUGGCGAAGCACCGUAAAGAAAGAGACAGCUGGGGUGAGUGGUCCCUCGGCGACAAAAAUGACUACGACUGGAGCUCGGAGGAGGAGGACCCGGAUGGACGAGCCCGACCCAUACAGGUCCUGCUGGUCAAAGACGACCACACCUUCGAGCUGGACGAGGUGGCCCUGAGCCGCAUCCUGCUGGCGGAGGAGGUCCGGGACCGAGAGGUGGUGGCCAUCUCUGUGGCCGGAGCUUUCCGCAAGGGCAAGUCCUUCCUCAUGGACUUCAUGCUGCGUUACAUGUACAACCACGCAUCUGAAGGCUGGCUCGGAGACGCAGAUGAGCCUCUGACCGGCUUCUCCUGGAGGGGGGGCUCAGAGAGGGAGACCACCGGCAUCCAGAUCUGGAGUGAGGUCUUCCUGGUGGACAAGCCAGAUGGAAGAAAGGUGGCCGUUUUGUUAAUGGACACACAAGGAACGUUUGACAGCCAGUCGACGCUGAGGGAUUCGGCCACUGUGUUUGCACUCAGCACCAUGAUAAGCUCCAUGCAGGUUUACAACAUCUCACAGAAUGUACAAGAAGAUGACCUUCAGCACUUGCAGCUUUUCACAGAGUACGGCAGACUAGCGAUGGAGGAGACUUUCCUCAAACCGUUCCAGUCCAUGAUUUUCCUGGUCCGAGACUGGAGCUUUCCGUACGAGUUCCCCUACGGACAAGAAGGAGGCAUGAAGUUCCUUGAGAAGAGACUCAAGAUCUCAGAGAACCAGCACGAAGAGCUGCAGAACGUGCGUAAACACAUCCACUCCUGCUUCACCAACAUCUCCUGCUUCCUGAUGCCUCAUCCCGGGCUCAAAGUGGCCACCAAUCCAAACUUUGAUGGAAGGAUUUUAGAGAUUGAUGGCGAGUUCAUAAACAACCUGAAGGUUCUGGUCCCGUGGCUCCUCAGUCCUCUUAACAUCGACGUGAAGGAGAUAAACGGCAGCAAAAUCACCUGCAGAGGCCUGGUGGAGUACUUCAAGGCAUACAUCAAAAUCUACCAAGGCGAGGAGCUUCCACAUCCAAAGUCCAUGCUGCAGGCCACAGCGGAGGCGAAUAAUCUGGCCGCAGUAGCAGCCGCGAAAGAUCUGUACAACAAGAAAAUGGAAGAGGUCUGCGGGGGGGACCGGCCCUUCCUGGCUCCCGGCGAGCUGCAGGCCCGCCACGGCGCCAUCAGAGAGGAGGCCUUGCAGGUGUUUCGGGGCGUGAAGAAGAUGGGGGGCGAGGAGUUCAGCCGGCGCUACCUGCAGCAGCUGGAGGGAGAAGUCGACGAGGUGUUUGUCCAGUACAUCAAGCACAAUGACUCCAAGAACAUUUUCCACGCAGCGCGGACGCCGGCCACCCUGUUCGUGGUCAUCUUCAUCAUGUACGUGGCGGCGGGCAUCACAGGCUUCGUGGGCGUGGACAUCAUUGCCAGCUUGUGUAACAUGAUCCUGGGUCUGGCACUGAUCACCCUCUGCACCUGGGCCUACAUCCGCUACUCCGGGGAGUACCGGGAACUGGGCGCCGUCAUCGACCAGGUGGCCGGUGCACUGUGGGACCAGGGAAGCACAAAUGAGGCGCUCUACAAGCUGUACAAUGUAGCUGCCAGUCACAGGCACCUGUACCACCACGCCUUCCCCGGCGCGCCUCGGGCGGAGGACGCGCCAGAGGAGCAGGACAAGAAGAGAGACUGAUUUGCUGAGACAAGAGUACGGGAGGGACUUCCUGAUGAUGGACAGGAGGAGGAGGGACAUCCUCACCCGUCAAGCACUGUUUUAUUUAGCUAUUGGCUGGUGCGGCACACAAAUACAUCCAGUACCUUUAAACCGACUAAGGGACUGUAAACUUCACGUAUAGCGUCACAGCGUCUCCUCAGUGGUGCCUGUCUUCAAGCGAUGGAUGACAUUUGGCUUUGUCCCUCACUCAAAUAUCACCUGUACAGUUAUUGCAGACUCGGCAUAUCCAAACUCCAGUCAGCUGCUGAUUUCAGAAGUCUUUUUGUAGGUCAGCCAAAUCUGUUAAAUCCCCAUUUGUGACGUUUGUUUCCGUUCUUUGAAGUCUAGUGCUGUUAAUAAGAAACAAUAUCUAUGAUCUGCAACGUUUGAAAGCCAAAAUGAUGUACUGUAUGUUAAAUAAUGAAGCGUUACAAGCAUCAUCAGCAUGGUAAGUGGUUAAUGUCAGUCAUCUUUAAGCUUCACAUCAGGUAUAGUUUGUAAAAAAGAAAAAAAAAAGUUUUGAAUAGUUGUGACAAAGUGGUAUUGUGCCAUAACACGUACAAAUGGUUUCUCAUCUACUGCAGCCUGGCUACAUGCAGACACGCGACAGCAGUUAUUAGUCCUUUCUGAGGGAGGACUCGGGCAUCGGGGAGUUUGUGCCAGUGGAAAAGCAAAAAGUUUACACAACACAGCUGACCUUUAUCUCUCACUUUGUAGUCCGCUUGCAGUGUUGUAAUUCUGCGUUGAUCCGCCUCUGAGGUGGAGGCCAACGAGCCCGUUUGGUUUUCAUUGUGACGUAGUGGUGGCGGGUCAAAAAUCAUUGUUGUGUGUUUCUCACUGAAUCCCAGGAAUGUACCUAGUGUGGCCACUGAGGAAUCAAACAUGUUGCUAUUAGGCCGUGCAAUAGGACGGUUCUCCAAAAAAAACAAAAAAAACAAAACACUUCCUCAUUCCAUGUCGGUCAUCUUUCAUCUUCACACAAGUUGGUCCAUCUGUGGAAGAAGGCCGGCACUUCCUGACCUUUUUGUUUCCAGAAACAGCUUGCAUUAGUUUAGCAAACAAAAGGCUUUCAAGGUGACGUUUGAGAUGUUGGGCUUUGUAGACGGUUAAAACUGUGGGUAUUGUUUGAAGCUCACAGAAUGAACCAGAGUCGUAGAGCUCACAUACAGCUGCAGCAUCCAAGUGUCUUUAUUUUGUAAUUCCUCUUUGAUCUCUACUGGUCACAGGAACACUGUCAUGCAUAUUUAGCAAGUUUGUGCUGCGGUUUGACCUCAGGAGUUGGAAAUGUAAAAGGCACUGCAGCAGCAGAGGGGCUUCUGGAGUCUUCCACAACGUGUAAUCAACAUCAGGCCUUCACGCCAAGAGCCAUCCAGGUCCAGUUCAAGACUCGGGAGCCUAUAGAAUCCCAGAUUUUCUCCACUGUGGCCAUUCAGGAGUCAGAAAAGUAGCAUCAUUGUGUUGCGUUAAUGCUCUAAACAUUAAAUGGAAGAUUUUCUCUGUUGGAAAAAGUCAAAUGUAUCACAUUCAUUCCUGAGGCCGCCCCCAUGGACAUUAGACCAGCUGUGGAUAUUGUGGGAGCCUGAGUGUACUGAAAGGUCAAAAUGAAGGAAGUCGACACUGCAAAGUUUCCACACGCUCACUGUAAAUUUGCAGUUAAAGAAACAAAACUAAUAAAGUUGGACCAAAUUAA